GGAACUCAAUUGAAAAAUACUUGAUAGAGUUAGUGACUUAUUUAAAACAAUUUUAUAGUUUGGUGAUUUCAAAAAACCCUCGAGAGGCUUUUAUGAUAUCAUUUGUUACAUGAGGCUUACAUGUAAUCCUCAAUCCUCUAAUCCCUAAGCAAACCCACUAAAUAAAAGUAGCAAGUUUGUUAGUGUCCCACACAUCUAAAGGCGAAAUACGAUAUUACAUGAGAUCUAAAAUGUGACUACAAGUUUGUAGGAGCACUACGUAUGUGUUACAGUUUCCAAUAGAGUCGUAUUAUUAAAUGAAUGAUUCUCCAUAAAGUAGAACAUUACUCUACAAGUUAUUAUUAUUUUUGUUUUAGUGUAAGUGGUCUGAAUUUGAACUAGGUACACGCACAAAUAGUUGUUGCAUUUUGAGUUAUUAUUAGUAAGGGUCCUCUCCUCUUUAGCAGAAAAUAUAAGUGCAAAAGUGAUAACAAUAGUAUUAUUACCUCAACAAUUCAAGUGUGUAUUCAAAAAUGGUUUCAGCUACUUCUUCUCCCCCUUCUAAGGAGGAAGUAGAGACUGAUAAAAAAUCUCGCAAUGCAAAAUGGUGGUACACAACUUUCCACACUGUGACAGCCAUGAUAGGUGCAGGUGUUCUCAGCCUUCCCUAUGCCAUGGCAUAUCUAGGAUGCAUUACGCUUUGCAGGAUUCCAGGGACUUUGAUGUUGUUGUUAUCAUGGAGCCUAACCUUAAACACAAUGUGGCAAAUGAUUCAGCUCCAUGAGUGUGUUCCGGGUACCCGAUUUGAUCGCUAUGUGGAUCUUGGUAAACAUGCUUUUGGACCAAAACUUGGGCCCUGGAUUGUGCUGCCACAGCAACUAAUUGUUCAAAUAGGAUGUGAUAUUGUGUACAUGGUCAUUGGAGGCAAGUGUCUAAAGAAGUUCAUGGAGAUUGGAUGCACCAAUUGCACACAACUCAAACAGUCCUACUGGAUUUUGAUUUUUGGUUCCAUUCAUUUCUUUCUCUCUCAGCUUCCCAAUUUCAACUCUGUUGCUUCUGUUUCUUUAGCAGCAGCUGUCAUGUCAUUGAGCUAUUCGACUAUAGCGUGGGUGGCUUGCUUGUCGAGAGGUAGGAUUGAGAAUGUGAGCUAUUCAUACAAGCAAACAAGCAGGAGUGACUUAAUAUUCCGAAUCUUCAACGCACUUGGUCAGAUUUCAUUUGCAUUUGCUGGCCAUGCAGUAGCCCUUGAAAUUCAGGCAACGAUUCCAUCAACACCUGAAAAACCAUCAAAAGUACCAAUGUGGAAAGGUGCUAUUGGUGCCUAUAUCAUAAAUGCAAUAUGCUAUUUCCCAGUUGCACUUAUUGGAUAUUGGGCCUUUGGAAGAGAUGUUGAUGAUAAUGUUCUCAUGUCACUAGAAAGACCUGCUUGGCUCAUUGCCUCCGCUAACUUGAUGGUAUUCAUUCAUGUUGUUGGUAGUUAUCAGGUUUAUGCUAUGCCUGUUUUUGAUUUGAUUGAGAACACCAUGAUCAAAACCUGGAAUUUUCCUCCAGGAUUGCCUCUCAGACUUGUUGCUAGGUCUUCCUUUGUAGCAUUUACACUUAUUAUUGGGGUUACAUUCCCUUUCUUUGGCGAUCUUCUUGGGUUCUUUGGUGGAUUUGGUUUCGCUCCUACUUCCUAUUUUCUUCCUAGUAUAAUGUGGCUAAUAAUCAAGAAACCAAACAGAUUUAGCAUCAACUGGUUCAUCAAUUGGGCUUCAAUAUUCAUUGGUGUGUGCAUUAUGCUGGCAUCCACGGUUGGUGGAUUCAGGAAUAUCAUUGCUGAUGCUUCAACUUAUAAAUUCUACACCUAAACUUCAUAUAUAUCUAUAUAUGUGUCACCUGCAACUAAUAGAGUUAAAAAUAUAAUUGCAAUCUUCUUUAUGUGAAAUUGUAUUUGAAUUGUAUUCCUGGAACUAGCUAAUCCUCUUCCUAGCGGUUUAUCGAGUGAAUUAAUAUGAUGAAUUUAUAUUUAGAAUCUUGAUUGAACAUUUAAUCGUUGAAGACAUGAUUUUUUUAA